CAGGAAGCCUGGGCCGCACAGGAAGCGCCAGGGACUUCCCAUCGCCGCCUGCUCUUCCUGCCCCCAUCACUGUGCCCACCCGCCAGGUGGCUUGUCCUCAUGGCGCCUCUGAGCGAGGAGACCCCCCUCAUCUCCCAGCGCUCCUGCAGCCUGUCCUCCUCAGAGGCCGGGGCCUUGGAUGUGCUGCUCCCAGCUCUGGGCCCUGGGCCUCCUCAGCGCCUCUCCUUCUCCUUUGGGGAGCUAUCUGCAGAGGAGUUGUGUGUGCAGGCUGCCAAGGCCAGCGGCAUCCUGCCCGUGUAUCACCCACUCUUUGCCCUGGCCACUGAGGACCUCUCCUACUGGUUCCCCCCAAGCCACAUCUUCUCCGUGGAGGACGCAGGCACCCAAGUCUUGGUCUACAGGCUGCGCUUCCAUUUCCCCAACUGGUUCGGGCUGGAGAAAUGCCACCGGUUUGGGCUGCGCAAGGACCUGGCUGGCGCCGUCUUCGACUUGCGGGUCCUGGAACACCUCUUCGCCCAGCACCGCGGGGACCUGGUGGCCGGGCGCCUGGCCGUCGGCCUGGGCCUCCGGGACCAGGGGGAGUGCCUCAGCCUGGCGGUGCUGGACCUGGCCCGGCUGUGCCGCGAGCGGGCGCAGCGGCCCCGGGAGCUGCUGAGGACGGUGAGCUACAAGGCCUGCCUGCCGCCCGGCCUGCGCGGCCUCAUCCAGGGCCUCAGUUUCGUCACCCGCAAGCGCAUCCGCAGGACCGUGCGCCGCGCGCUGCGCCGCGUGGCCGCCAGCCAGGCCGACCGGCACUCGCUCCUGGCCAAGUACAUCAUGGACCUGGAGCGGCUGGACCCGGCCCGGCACGCCGAGACCUUCCGCGUGGGGCUCCCGGGGCCCGCGGGGGACCAGGGCGCGCCGGGGCUGCUGCGCGUGGCCGGCGGCAGCGGCAUCGCCUGGAGCGCGGGAGAGGCUGAGGACUUCCAGCCCUUCUGUGACUUUCCGGAGGUGGUGGACAUCAGCGUGAAGCAGGCGCCCGGGGCGGGCGAGCACCGCCUGGUGACCCUCACCAGGACGGACAAGCAGAUGCUGGAGGCCGAGUUCCCGGGGCUGCCCGAGGCGCUGUCCUUCGUGGCCCUGGUGGAUGGCUACUUCCGCCUCACCUGCGACCCGCACCACUUCUUCUGCAAGGAGGCGGCGCCGCCGCGGCUGCUGGAGGAGGCGGCGUGGGGCUGCUGCGGGCCCAUCACGCUGGACUUCGCCAUCCACAAACUCAAGGCCGCGGGGGCCCUGCCCGGCUCCUUCGUCCUCCGCCGCAGCCCCCAGGACUUCCACAGCGUCCUGCUCACGGUCUGCGUGCAGGGCCCGCUGGUCUCCACAGGAGCGGCCCGCAGCUCCCGCACCCACAUCGGUUUCCCGCCCUCUCCCUCCUCUGUAGAGAAGUCCAACCUGGUGGUGGUGCGGGGCGGGUACGGCCUGGCCCCGCAGGCCUGCGCCGCACCCCGUGGCCCCCGCAAGCCGGGCCCCAUGACCUUCCACACCAUCCCGGCCCACAGCCUGCAGCGGCACGAGAACCUGGGCCACGGGUCCUUCACCAAGAUCUACCGGGGCCUCCGCCACGAGGCCGUGGACGGGGAGGCCCGCGAGACCGAGGUGCUGCUGAAGGUGAUGGACGCCACGCACAGGCACUGCAUGGAGUCCUUCCUGGAAGCUGCCAGCCUGAUGAGCCAGGUCUCCUACCCGCAUCUGGUGCUGCUGCACGGCGUGUGCAUGGCUGGCGACAGCACCAUGGUGCAGGAAUUUGUCCCCCUGGGAGCCGUGGACACGUACCUGCUCAAGCGUGGCCAGCAGGUGCCGGCCAGCUGGAAGCUGCAGGUCAUCAAACAGCUGGCCUACGCCCUCAGCUACCUGGAGGACAAAGAGCUGCCUCACGGCAACGUGUCCGCGCGGAAGGUGCUGCUGGCUCGGGAAGGGGCCGACGGGAGCCCCCCUUUCAUCAAGCUGAGCGACCCCGGGGUCAGCCCCACAGUGCUCAGCCUGGAAAUGCUCACCGACAGGAUCCCCUGGGUGGCCCCCGAGUGCCUGCAGUGCCCCCGGGAGCCGCAGGCCCUGGGCCUGGAAGCCGACAAGUGGGGCUUCGGCGCCACGGCCUGGGAGGUGUUCAGUGGCGCCCCGAUGCCCGUCAGCGCGCUGGAGCCCGCCGAGAAACUCAGGUUCUACGAGCAGCGGCAGCAGCUGCCGCCGCCCAAGUGGACAGAGCUGGCCUCGCUGAUCCAGGACUGCAUGGCCUACGAGCCGGGCCGGCGGCCCUCCUUCCGGGCUGUCAUCCGGGACCUAAACAGCCUCACCACGUCAGACUACGAGCUGCUCGCAGACCCCACAGCCGGCGGCCUGGAGCCUCGAGAUGGGCUCUGGAGCAGCGCCCGACUCUACGCCUGCCAGGACCCCACGAUCUUCGAGGAGAGACACCUCAAAUACAUCUCACAGCUGGGCAAGGGCAACUUCGGCAGCGUGGAGCUGUGCCGCUAUGACCCGCUGGGAGACAACACCGGCGCCCUGGUGGCUGUGAAGCAGCUGCAGCACAGCGGCCCGGACCAGCAGAGGGACUUCCAGCGCGAGAUCCAGAUUCUUAAAGCCAUGCACAGCGACUACAUCGUCAAGUACCGCGGCGUCAGUUACGGCCCAGGCCGCCAGAGCCUGCGUCUGGUCAUGGAGUACCUGCCCAGCGGCUGCCUGCGCGACUUCCUGCGCCGCCACCGCGCCCGCCUCGACGCGGGGCGCCUCCUGCUCUAUGCCUCGCAGAUCUGCAAGGGCAUGGAGUACCUGGGCUCCCGCCGCUGCGUGCACCGCGACCUGGCCGCGCGCAACAUCCUGGUGGAGAGCGAGGCGCACGUGAAGAUCGCCGACUUCGGCCUCGCCAAGCUGCUGCCGCUCGACAAAGACUACUACGUGGUCCGCGAGCCCGGCCAGAGCCCCAUCUUCUGGUACGCGCCCGAGUCCCUGGCGGACAGCGUCUUCUCACGCCAGUCCGACGUCUGGAGCUUCGGGGUCCUGCUGUACGAGCUGUUCACCUACGGCGACAAGAGCUGCAGCCCCUCGGCUGUGAGUGGGCAGGGGCCCCUCGUGAAAAGCCUCAUUUCUUUUGCUGGCCGGGGCCCAGGAGCCUCCCCAGGCGCAGGUGGCGACGCCCUGGCCCCGACCCUCACCCCAUUCCUCUCCAGCUCCAGGCCCCUGCCCAGCCCGCCGGGCCGCGCCCGCUGGGGCGCCGGGCGGGGCCUGAGGUUGGGAGGCCCCUGCGGCCGGCUGAGGACGGUGGGGGACCCCAGGCAGCGCCGGACGCGGCUCCGCCGGAUGAACGGGACGUUCGGGCUUCAACAGGAACGCCAGCAACACGCGGAACCUUCUAGACCUGCCUCGGUGGCCCUUAAUGACCCUGUGAAUAUUCAUGAGCCCAAGGCCGCCGCCUUCUGGGCCCCAACGGGCCCCUGGGGCACUGGCUUCAGCCCCGAACAUUCCGGAGCCAUCCGACCUUCUGCCAAAGUUGGGACGAAGCCGGCCCCGCCGCCCGCAGACCCCGCCCUGAGCCCCGCCAAGCCCCGGGCCGGGACGCUCCGCGCCGCGAACCCCGCGCCGGCCCCCCGAGUCCCGCUCCCCGGCUCCGCUCCCGCCCGCGGCCACUCACCACGCGACGUCCCGCCUCUGAGGCUCCCGGGAGCGGUCAGAAAGUUUUCACCUGGACCGAGCCCCCGCCUCCCGCCGGCUCCUUCCUUCCUGCAGCCCUCCCACCUCCUGCCCGCCCUCGCCGCCCGCGGGCCUCCUUCCAGCCGCGCCGCGGAGCUCCGAGUCCCGGACUGGCUUACCGCGCCACGCCCCCGGCCCACCCACUCCAUGCUGUCUCCCUACGGCCCUGCCCCGAAAGCCCCGCCCCUCUCAUAG